UUAAAAACAAACAAAAAAACGGAGAGGAAGACAGAAAAAAAGCAAAUGAAAAUAACAGGCAUAAAUAUAUCACGCCAUGCGGCACCUGGCUAUCUCUGACAACAGGAAACAAAAAGCUACCAUGGGCACGCUGCAAAGCCUGAGAAUAGUGAGCGCUGUGCUGGCAGCGAUACUGGGGCCGGUGUCCGCCAAGCCCAUUGUGGAUCCCGGCUUGUUCGUGAUCCAAGGAGUGACCAGCUGCCUCAAUGGCACGGGCUACUGCAUGCUCGGAAACAACUGCUCCAUCGACGUGGAUUUCCUCCCUGCAUCCAGUGGCCAUUGCAAGGGACUCAGGGAUGCCUUCACGCCCAAAAUUGACUUUAUUUGUUGCAAGUACAAUCCUUUCGGGAAAGCCACCAGCGAGCCGCCCACGACCACCGUCUCCACCUACACCAUCACGGACGUCUUCUCGCUUAUCGACCAGGAGAUAAUGCACGAGCAACAGGUGGGUGGCGCUGCUGUUUCAGGCCUGGUUAAAGGUCAGAGAUUUCCAUAA